AUGAAAGAAUCAAAAGGCUGGGUGUUGGUUUUGGAUUUCGGAUGUACCUUCUCUUCGACUCUGGUAAGAGCCGUUAGAGAGUUAGGUGUGAGAUGUGAGUUGGAAAGUCUCGAGAAGUUUAAGGGUCUAGAUAAGAAGGACUUGCCAAGUGGCGUUUUUUUAGUUGGAGGCAACGAAAGUGUUUUUGACCAGGAUGUUUUAAGUGUGGAGAAGUCACUCCUGGACACUCUCAAGGGGCACAAAGUUCCAGUCCUCUCACUUUCCUUUGGGAUGAUGUCGGUCGCAAAGUCAUUUGGCGCUAAGCUCAGAAAGACUGACAACAAGGAUUAUGUUGUUACGAAAUGUACUUUGAAGAACAGUGAACUAUUUGACAGUGUACCCAAUAGCUUAACAGUAUAUUUGAACACGCUUGACAUGGUUGAAUCAGUUCCCUCUGGAUUUGAAGUCAUUGCAAAGCAUUCUGAAGUCCCCGUCGGCCUUUACAACUCAGAUUAUAACCUCUUUUGCCUUUACUUUCACCCUGAGUCUGUGGAUACCGAAAAAGGAAACACAAUCUUACACAACUUUUUAUAUAAGGUGUGUAAAUGUGACAGAACAUGGACUCUUUCUGAGUAUCUUGAGAGGGAGUUGAAAAAUAUAGAAGAACAGUGUGGCUCUGACAAGUAUGUCGUCGCAGCUCUUUCAGGUGGCGUUGAUAGCACCGUCUCUGCUAAAAUGGUCCAGUCUGUCAUUGGCGACCGCUUCCAUGGCGUAAUGGUUGACACUGGUUUAAUGCGCCAUAACGAGAUUGCAGAGUGUGAGAAAAGGGUAAGAAAGGAAGUCCCAGGCAUUAAACUAACUGUAAGGUACUCUCAAAACGUAUUUUUUAAAGAAUUGGCUGGUGUGGUUGACCCUGAGAUGAAGAGGAAAAUCAUUGGCAGAGUUUACAUUGAAGAGUUCGAGAAGGCAAUUAAGGAAUUGGGCUUUAACGAGAAAAACUGCUUACUUCUUCAGGGUACAAUUUAUCCCGACAUUAUUGAGAGUGAGCUUAAUAGGCGCAGUAAGUUGCCUGUGAAGUCACAUCACAAUGUCGGCGGCCUUCCUGAGAGGAUGAAGUUUGAACUCAUUGAACCUGUUAGAUACCUUUUUAAAGAGGAAGUUCGCGAGCUUGGAAGGCUUCUUAAGUUAUCAGAGGAGACUUUUAAACGCCAACCUUUCCCUGGUCCUGGUCUUGGUGUUCGUGUUCUUGGUGCCUUAACUCCUGAAAAUGUACAAAAAGUUCGUAUGGCUGAUAAAAUUGUUCGUGAGGAGGUUGAGAAAUCCAAGGCUGAUGUUUCACAAUACUUUUGUAUUUAUUUACCAAAUUUGAAGAGCACAGGUCUGGUUAAGGGUCAGCGUGUUUACGGAACUACAGUGGUUGUGCGUUGUGUUAAAACAAAGGAUUAUGUCACUGCUAAGUGGGUUCACUUUGACCAUGAAGUUUUGGACCGUAUUUCCCAAAGGAUAACCUCAGAGGUUCCCGGCGUCAACCGUGUACUACUCGAUAUAACUAACAAGGAGCCCGCAACAAUAGAGUGGGAAUAA